GUUGUGCAGAUAUGGCUGCCACCUACAAGCCAAAGAAUAUUCUCAUUACUGGAGCAGCUGGUUUCAUUGCAUCCCAUGUAUGCAACCGGCUAGUACGUAACUACACAGACUACAAGAUCAUUGUCCUUGACAAGCUUGAUUAUUGUUCAAAUCUUAAGAACCUCAUUCCCUCCCAUUCAUCUCCCAAUUUCAAGUUCAUCAAGGGAGAUAUUUGCAGUGCUGACAUUGUUAACUACAUCCUUCUCACUGAGUCCAUUGAUACCAUAAUGCACUUUGCAGCCCAAACCCAUGUUGAUAACUCCUUUGGCAACAGCUUUGAAUUCACCCAAAACAAUAUUUAUGGAACACAUGUCCUUCUAGAAGCCUGCAAAAACACUUGUGGUCAAGUAAAGAGGUUUAUCCAUGUGAGCACAGAUGAAGUCUAUGGGGAAACAGAAGAGGAUGCAGUGGUGGGAAACCAUGAGGCUUGUCAACUCCUCCCUACUAAUCCAUAUUCUGCAACAAAAGCUGGUGCUGAGAUGCUUGUAAUGGCAUAUGGUCGAUCUUAUGGAUUGCCGGUUAUAACCACAAGAGGGAACAAUGUUUAUGGGCCUAAUCAGUUCCCUGAAAAGCUGAUUCCAAAGUUUUUGCUCUUGGCCAUGAAAGGAAAUACUCUACCAAUUCAUGGGGAUGGAUCAAAUGUAAGGAGUUAUCUCUAUUGUGAAGAUGUUGCGGAGGCUUUUGAGGUCAUUCUCCAUAGAGGUGAGGUGGGACAUGUUUAUAAUAUUGGGACUAAGAAAGAAAGGAGAGUGACUGAUGUGGCAAGGAACAUAUGUAGUCUUUUCUCUUUGGAUCCUGAUACACAUAUCAUGUUCGUGGAGAACAGGCCUUUCAAUGACCAGAGAUACUAUUUAGAUGAUCAAAAGCUGAAGAGUUUGGGAUGGUUUGAGCGCACUACUUGGGAGGAAGGUCUAAGGAAGACAAUGGAUUGGUAUGUUAAGAAUCCUGAUUGGUGGGGUGAUGUUUCUGGAGCUUUGCUUCCUCAUCCAAGAAUGUUGACCAAGCCAGAUGUUGAGAAAAAUAAUGCCCAAGAUAUGAACAAAGUUGUUUCUUCUGUUGAUGCAAACAAUUCUACUCAGAAUAGAAUGGUGGUACCAACUCCAAGGAACAAUGUUUUGGCUCAGAAGCCAUCUCUGAAGUUCUUGAUAUAUGGUGGUGCAGGGUGGAUUGGGGAACUUUUAGGAAAUAUUUGUCAGAACCAAGGGAUACCCUUUGAGAAUGGAAGGGGGCAUUUAGAUGAUCGAUCACAGAUUUUGGUUGAUAUCCAGACCGUUAAACCAACUCAUGUUUUCAAUGCUUCUUUUGUCACUGGUGCAUUAAAUGUGAAGUGGUUUGAAGCUCAUAAAACAGAAACAAUCCGUGCCAUUUUUGUUGGUGUAUUAACAUUGGCAGAUGUCUGCAGGGAGCAUGGUCUCCCCAUGAUGAAUUAUGCCUUUGGUGGUAAUUUUGAAGACAGAAAAAAUUCUAUUGAUUCUUUCUACUCUAAAACACAAGCCAAGGUUGAAGAGCUUCUAAAGGACUAUGAAAAUGUGUGCACUCUCAGAAUCCAAUUUCCAGUAUCCUCUGAUCUUGACAAUCCACGCAACUUUAUCACUAAGAUGACAAGAUCUGAUAAAGUGGCUAACAUUCCUAUCAACAUUACUGUUUUGGAUGAACUUCUGCCUAUUUCUGUUGAGAUGGCUAAAAGAAAUUGCAGGGGUAUUUGGAACUUAACAAAUCCUGGUACUGUGACCUGCAACGAGAUUCUUGAGAUGUACAAGAAUUACAUUAACCAUGGUUUUAAGUGGAUCAAUUUUACACUUGAACAAGAGGCUCAAUUCCCUUCUCAAAGCAUUAACGAAAUAGAUGCAUCAAAAUUGAAGAAGGAAUUUCCUGAGCUGCUUCCUAUCAAGGACUCACUGAUGAAAUAUGUCUUUGAGCCAAAAAAGAAAAGCAUUGGAAUUGAGUAGCUCAAG